UAUCCGAAUUUGUCCCAGGCCUAUACCUCUACCAUUUGCGCAACAUCCCCAUCAUCUUUGCCUGAACGACAAACCAAUAUGAGCUUCACCUCUCAUCUCCAAGCGACCAACCUCAUGGUGAUCGGAGCAAAAUCGCCGGUGGAUCGUCGCCGGAAAGCACUUGAGAGAGUGAAUAAAGAGCUCUCAAGAGGCAAGUACGAAACUGCACUCUCUCUCGUCAAGCAACUCAAGGGAAAACAUGGCUGCCUCUCUGCCUUCGCCUCUGCCAAAUUGCUUCCCAAGAAAUCACCAGUAAUAGAUACAUUGGGUGAGUUGAUCGAUUCAGUCUCCAGAAGCUUUGAAUCUGUUUCUGCUGAAGCGAAUUCAGUGAGAAAUUUUCAAGAGCACAAAGCUAUAACUUCUCCCUCUGAAGAAGAUUGGUUCGCUGUUGUUCAGCAUGAAUCAGGCCAUUUUCUGGUUGGUUAUUUGCUUGGAGUUCUUCCAAGACGCUAUGAAAUACCAAAUUUGGAAGCUAUGAGGGAUAAUGUAACUGGGAGAGUAGAAUUUGUGGGCUUCGAGUUCCUCAAACAAGUUGGUGCUGCAAACCAAUUUAUGAAAGAUGAUGUGGAUCUUUCGGUCUCUCAAGGCUAUAUAUCGUCCAAGACACUGAACAACUUCUCUUGUGUGAUACUUGGAGGAAUGGUAACAGAACAUAUGCUUUUCGGAUACUCGGAAGGUUUCUACUCCGAUGUUGUCAAGUUGAACAAUGUUCUGCAAUGGCGAGGGUUCACAGAAAUGGAAAAGGCGGCUCAUAUCAGAUGGGCUGCUUCCAACACUGUAUCUUUGUUACAUUCAUACAAUGAAGCAAGAGUUUCACUAGCAAAAGCAAUGGCCAAAGCCAAACCGAUUGGUGCUUGUAUUGAAGCCAUUGAAUCUGCAAUUUCUAGACAUUAUAUGUAAACUAAUUUUGUAUUCUUCCUAAUAACUUCAGCUUCCUUUUAAGAGACACUGUAUACAUUACCGGAUAUGCAAACACCCAAUUUAAACCA